UAUCAAAAUAUUUAAACAAAACAUAUUAAUAUUAUUGGGGAACCAUGAUGAUCAGGUAUGUUUGAUGAAUUCUGAAUGAAAUGCUAUUUAGACAAACACGCCUCAACAAGUUAUCGAGGGCCUGGUUAGCAUGCUUGUCCGGCCUGUUUGUUUUCUUUUCAAACACUUCAUUUAAACUAGAAUUAAGAGGGAAAUCUUUUAAUCAUCAUUAAUACAUUAUUAAUUUAUCAUUAAUCAACAAUCAAGAGAUUUAUGUCCAGGCAAAUAGCUACAAUUCUUAUUUUGUCUUUAGCAGUUAGCAACAGCAGUGUAUCAUCUUGAAUCUGAUUGCUUGUGCAGGUUUAUUUGAUUGUGAUUUGAUUUGUCUAGUCUUAUGGUCUGUUCAAGGUAUUUAAUGUUUUGUCUGUAGGGUAAGAUGGGUGUUUUACAGCAUUUCGUUGUAAACUGGUGUAUUGUCACAAUUUAGUUAAAGAUAGAGACAUAAAAUGACAGAAUCUUGUGAAUUAUUAUACAGUAUGCCAUAUUAUUACAUUGUAUUAUUUUUAUAUUAUAUUUUAAGAUUAUAUAUUUUUAUGUUUAUAUUUUUUAAUUGACAACCAAGUGUCAUGAUCUACUGCUUUUUUUCUUUUUUUCUUCUUUUCCUGCAGUUGCAGCUUCGUCUGUAUGUUUGCAGUGCUGAUAAACAAAGUGAGUCUGCAGGUCACAGUAGAGGCUGUUUUCGGUGGUUCUGUUGUCCUGCCGUGUUCUUCAGCUGAACAUGAUCUUAAACUUCAAGACGUUGAUGUGUUUUGGAGACACAAUGGCAGCAAGAUUGUGUUUGAUAUAAUCAAGGGUGAAGAUUCACUAGAGAAUCAGGGCCAAUGGUACAAGAACAGAGCUGAAACUUUCCCUGAAGAGUAUGUGAGAGGAAACUUCUCCAUCAAACUCUCUGGUCUCACUCACGCUGAUGCUGGAAAAUACAUCUGCCUCAUCACCCCCUCAGAUGAACAGGAGACAGUAGAGCUGAUCAUCAACGACUUGUUUGUUGCAGAAACAACAACAGAAAAAGGAAACAAAUCCACUGAUCAAGAAACCAGACGUUUCUUUGGAUCCCGGUUGUCAUUCUAUUAACCAUAAUACUGGGUUUACUUUUCUUUCUAAUUAUCUUUAGAAAAAAGAUCCCAAGCUGCCUUAUGUCAUGUGAACAUGGCCUGGGUUCAGACGCUCAUGAGGUUGUGAGCCCUGUCCCAUAAAUCAGUAACUGCUGAUGAUCGUGAUGAAGCAGCUAAAGCAGGUGAAUGACACAGAUGUGCAGCUUGGUGCUCCUGCAGCAAUUGCGUGAAGUUGGUGCUUUUAUUGUUGCUGCCGCAGUGAGUGUGUUACUGUAUUUUCCUUAUGUCCACACUUUAAGGCUAGCUAGCAGUUUGGACUGACUUGGUCAUAUAUGAUUUUGGGCAAAUUAAAGCAGAUUCCCAAAAUUUCUCAGCAUUUUUAAAAAUGAUUGUAAGCUCGCAAGGUACUCUACUUAUUAAGUUGCUAUAGAGAGCCUACAAUAAUUGUUUAACAGUUGUUGGGAUGAAUUUUGUUGAGAAACUGAAUACUGAACCAUUAUUUUUCAUAUCUGUAAGUUAUGACAAGAAGGUCAGGCUAUCAAUAUAUGCAGUUGACUAUCAUAGUAGCUUGAAGCCACAAUAAAUGAACCUUGAACCGAAAAGAGUUUUCAAACAAAAUGACAUGCAGUACCCGUAGUAAAACAAGAAUCCAUAUUGUUUAACUUUCUAGAAAUAUGCUUCAUUUGCAUAACAUCACAUUUGACAAGGUUCACAAAUCAGUGUGUAUGUUGGUAAUAUUGCCAGUACUACGCUGAUCUUCUUGCCUUUAAAUAGCCUACUGUUAGUCAAAACAACACUGACGCUGGUACUUAUACCUGUUCAUAACAUUUAUAUAUAUAUAUAUAUAUAUAUAUAUAUAUAUAUAUUUGUCUUUCAUUUGUUAUUCAUAGAUUUAUUUAUUUUUUUGGAUUGUUUGAUGUUUUGAUGUCAUUAGUGUCAUUCGCACUGAUAAAGGAUCACCUGUAACCAAAGGCUCAAUAUGUGUAGGCCCAUUUCCACCACAUAAAAAAAUAAAUAAAAAUCAUGCUUUGGUAAAUUAUAAUUAUGAGAUUAAAUAGUCGAAACUGUGAGGUAAAAAGUAAUAUAUAAUCCAAAUUGAGAUAAAAAGAAAUUAAGCUAUGAGAAGUAAGAGCUGAUCUAGUCUUAAUACUGAAAAACACCGUCAAACUCUAAUUUUUGCAAAUGUAUGUCAUACUUUUGACCUUUUUUUUUUUUGUCAAUUUCGACUUUGUCAUAAUUGUGAUAUGAAAGCUUUUUAUUUAGUUUUUGUGUAUGGUGUAAAUGGGCUUCUGUGGCUCAGUGAUGCAGCUCAAGAUUCAUCCACGUAUAAUAACGGAGCUAAAGCACAACGCGCAUAAUUAUCAAACUUUAAUGUUUCUCCGCAAGUGCUAUGCUGUAAAUUAUUAUCAAAAGUUACAUAUUGCAGCUUUAAUAACUAUUUUUAUAUUUUGUACUGUUUGAUGACUUUUUUAUCACUUUUAUGUAAAGUGCUUUUAAACACCAGUGAAUAUGAAAAGUGCUAUAUUAAUAAAUGUUGCCUUGCCUCUCCACUUUGGAAAGUUGCAUUUAGCUGAAUUCUUUACAGCUUUCUGCAGCAAAAUACACUUGUGUUGUUAUAUUCUUGCCUUAUGCACUUCAUUCUUAUUGAAUAACAGAUGAGGUCUUGAAACAUGGAAACGAGAACAUUUUUUUGGCUGAAGUUGAAGUAAAAUGAGCCGUACAAUAUAUUGCUGCCUUAACAGUUUUGUACUGCAAGUGUUUGUGCUUUUCAAUUAGACAUAUUUUGUAUUGGACCAUAUGUUAGUCAACAUAUUCAUACUGAAAACUUUUUAUUUUGUUAAAAUCUACUUCAAUAUUCUCAGGUAUUUACAUAGCAUUGUGUUUCA